GUCAGCAGAUCUUGAGCCAUGAGCAGACCAUUCCUCAGGUGGCGGAACUUUCCUGGAAGGAUGUUAUUAAUGCCUUGUCCCUGGCCAACAUGGUCCUGGGGCUCUUCUCCAUCUUCUGCAGCUUCAGCAGGAAAUCCCUCUGUGCUUCCUGGAUGCUUUUGAUCAGCUUCCUGUUAGACAUGGCAGUAGGGACGAUGAUCAGGCACCUCCACAUCUGCCACAAAUUAGGACUUGAACUGAACGACUUCGCUGUCUUCACCACCUUUGGCCUGGCCUCGGCUCUGCUCCUUGGUGUGGAUGGGCCUCUGAAUGGGUUCCUGGCCAUCAUCUAUGUGUUAACCACUUCCUUCCGCCUGUGUUUUUACUCAACUGGAGGUCCCUCUACAUACAAAGGUCUACCUUGUCCCUAUGCUUCCUGUGUUUUGGCCUCCACCUGCUUACUGACUAAGGGCAACACAUUUAUUCUCUGCUGCAUGGCUUCACUCAUGAUUCUGUUCAUGAUCGACCAGAGUUGCUACCCACACGAUGAAAUCCUAGAGUCCGAGAACUGGAAAAAAGUGGUUUAUACGGGAGGUGUCGUCAUGCUGUUUUUCUCCCCGUUCUCACUCACCGCCUUCUACUGCCUGAUUUGGUCGCUCUCCUACAUCUUCUUCCCAGAUGCCCUGUGGGGCAGGGGGGUUUGUAUUAAGCUCUAGCGAGGGGGAACCAUGACUUCACUGCUCCUGCUGGCUCUGUGGGCUCUGCACUUCGCACACUGGACCAAGACCUGCCUCAUCCUCACUAAAGCUUUCCUGGUGCCUGUAUUGUUAUCUGCUGUCUCUGGUCUCGAAUCACAACAACCCACAGUGGGCCCAGAAGCCUUUGUUUCUUUCUCCUUAUUCAGGGUUCAGGCUCCCUUUAGGGUAAUACUUGA